UCGGGGGCGGAGGAGGGCUGCCUAGUAACUGUCCUAGGCGAGGGCUGGCCGACGCGGGAGGCGGCAGACAAAAGAAGGCGGAACGACGUGCCUUGCUUUCCAAAGGCAGCGCUCCGCUCCCCAAAGCCCCCGUCCGUGCAAGAAAGCCCGGGCGCCCCGAUGGACGCGCAGACAGGCGGCGCGAGGAGCGGAGAGCCCCGCGGCCGCCUUCCCUGGGCGAUGCACGCCGCGCGCUCGCCCGGGCUGCCGCGCUCUCCUUCCCCCUGACUUUUUGCACGGGUGAUGCAAGCUGCGCAGCCGAGCAAGUCGCGCCUGCUAGCCUGGCUGCCGUUGCUGAUGGAGCGCCGCCCCGGGACGGACUAACGCGGGCCAGGAUGCGGGGGAUGCCGAGCAUGCGGCGCCUGCUGCGGGCGCGGCUCAGCAGGCGAUGCCCGGCCGCCUUGCUGCUGCUUCUGGGGGCGCUGGGCUGGGCUGCAGGGGGCGUCUUCGUCGUCGUCGUCUUGGCGCGUGGCGGCGGCGUCUUCUUCUCGGGGCGCUGCACGGAUGAGCAGAGCCGUCGGAUCUUGGCCCGGCUGUGCCUGGAUUAUAGGAAAGGAGCUUUGACCGGUGACCUUUGUGAAGACUUAUGCGUGGCCCAGAAACUGAUAUACAAGCGCUGCCUUUAUUAUGACCAAGGUAAAAAGGUCAUCGAGGCUGACUGGAGAGGUCGCCCAGUGAUCCUGAAAUCCAAAAAGGAAAUCUUCUCCAGCUAUCAGCACCUUGGUUUUCUGGAGGAAAUGGAAUCACAUGGUAUUCCAGAAUCAGAUUUGCUUCUUAUGGUGGCUUUGGAGAUUAAAAAUGCUCUGGGCUUGGAACUACCUAGUAAUACUACAGGACCCUUGUGGACUAGGAGGAGAGGCCCUCACUGGAAAGCACAGUUGGCCAGCAUGUGGUCUUUACUCCAACAAGAAGAAUAUAUUUAUUUUAGUGUCUUGCAAGACUUCAGUAAACACGUCUUGAGGGUAAUUGGCUCUUGCGGUCACUUCUAUGCUGUGGAGUAUCUGACGGCCGGGCAUGCUUGGCACAACACAUUGUUUUCUGUAAAAGAUGCUGUUGGUGCCUCCUUUUCUGAGAUUAAAAGUCAAGCGAAGGCCAUCACCGAAAUUGCAAUCAGUUUCCUGGAUAUGGUAAAUCACUUUGAUAAUGACUUUUCUCAUCGGCUUCAUCUCUGUGACAUCAAACCAGAAAAUUUUGCUAUCCGGAAUGAUCUGACGGUGGUUGCUAUUGACGUAGAUAUGGCCUUUUUUGAGCCUAAAAUGAGAGACAUCCUUGAGCAGAAUUGCACGGGAGAUGAAGACUGUAAUUUUUUUGAUUGCUUUUCAAAGUGCAACCUCAGAAGCAGAAAAUGUGGAGCAGUGAGAGCCAAUAACAACCUUCAAGUCAUCUGUGACAAAAUAUUUCGUCCCUGGUUCUCUUUGAGCCUCAGAGGAUCUACAGUCUCCUUUCCCCUGCAGCUACAGUUGCAGAAGGCGGUGCGUGAUUGUGCAGAACCUGGUUACGAUGACGUUUCCCUUCUUCAUAGGACUUCUCUGACUUCUCUUUCCAAGUUAUACCAGUUGCUUAGAGCCAGUCAAAUGGAACUUCAGAAAUCUGGAAGCCACUCUCAUCAUGUUCACUAAUGAUUUCUACCCAAUAAAUAACCAUUUUGUUUUGUU